UACACUGAACGAAAUGCGGUCUAAUCAUUACCAGAAUUCUCAUAUUCUUUAUUAAAUAGUUGUAUACUAUUUGGGACAGUGAAGCGAGUUGCUCCUAGUAUGAAACACGAAUUGCCAAACUGUAUCAUAAAUAUAAUACAACUAAAGCUUAUUAGUGUUAUGAAACGUUUGAUAAAGGGUAUUAAUGCAUUUCAAUAUUGACAGUAAUGUUAGCUCAUAGAGUUAACAAAAUUAUUUAGCCACAGCUAUAACCAAUUACAUAAAAAUAAUUGAAGGGCGCCGUAACAGUUAUAAGAUAUUCUUAUAACAGAUAUUAAAAUUUCUUGCCACUGGUUUAAUUACAGACGCUGCUCUAAUGAAAUUAGCUGAUUAAGAUUAUAGGCUUCUUUCAUACCAGUUAUUAUUUAUUUGUAGUCUGAUAAUAAUCUAAUAUAUUAGCCUUUAUGAAAUGUUCACUUACUUGCUAUACACUAUUUUCAUUGCAAAUAUAUUUGGGAAAAUGGGAAUUUAGGUUAAAUGUCAACAUAUAAUUGACACAAAAACGAAGUACCUAUGAAAAAUAAACAUUUAUUUUAAAAUGAGAAAUUUUUAAACGAAUACACAAAUUUGAACUAAAAAAAUACUGAUACAUAACAUUUACCAUUAUAGAGUAUAUAAGGUUAUUUGUUUGUGGUAAUACAGUUCAGAUUGAAAAACAAACUUAUAUGUUUCACUUAUUAUACACAAAAAAAGAAAAGAAAUUUUUUAAGAAUUAGAAUGUGUAUUGGAAUUAUAAAAAAAUUGCUAAUUGCUCGAAAGGAUUUUUAAGUUAUUAUAAAGUGUAAUGUGGAUGUACCUUAAUAUGCAGAACGAAACUCUCUGCCGUUUUCGUUCUCGAUGGUCGCCAGGUGAGCCUAGACGAGCCCUUUCGAAUCGUAAUUGGAGCAAAUAAAUACGGCAAUAUCAAUAGAGUCACUAUAUGUGGAUCCACAUCAUUUUCAUUCUCGACAACUUUGAUUUUUCGCUAUUUCGCCAAGCUUAUUAUAGCUUGAGCAACUUUGGGGAACGUUGCGUAUAGUUGAUCAAUUUUGUCCGGGUACAAAUGGUUAAAAUCACUGUCAAUCUGAAAACAAAGAAUGAAGAAAAAUGAGAAAAAUGAGAAUUCUACAGUCUUUUACCGAACCAAAUUAUGCCUUUAUUAACAAAUUAUCUAUCUAGAAUUACUUACUAUAAAAAAACAUAAGUAUCAUGUACGUACCUUGAAAUGAAGGAAUGAGCCCCGCUAAUCCCCAAUUUUCCAAAAAAAAUGUCCAUGGCAUUUCCAAUUUUUCAUACAAAUACAAGCAUACAAGCACGAAAAAACACAUAAACGAUCUUGUCGAUACAAGCUCCGCGAAAAAAUGCGCCAAAAUUAACGACUUAGAGGUCACGCACCCCACCACCGGCAUAAUUAUGUUACUGGCUAAUAGAAUUGUUUUAAGGGUUAUAAAACGGGAUCUCUAAAAAUACAUAACGUUUAAUACACUUAAUACAGCAGAGAAUGUAUAAAACCGAAUCAUCCCACAAUAAAUCAUUUAGUUAGCUUAACAAGAAUAUUUGUUUCCCCGUAUCAUUCUGUGGUAAUGAAAUGAAAAUUAUUGUUGUUAAUAUGUCGGUUCGCUGUAGAAGCGACAUGUUACAUACACUGUAUAAAAAAUCUUGUAAGUGUUAUGAUAACAAGUCUUGCAGUGCUGGUGUAUUAGGUCAUUUUUUUCUGUGUAGUAGUUCCGAAUCAAUUGUAUCCUGCAUGUCUGGAAGAGCAGCUGCCAAAAUCGAGCAAUUUAUGGAUAAAACAGUCCCUUUUUUUGGAGAUAUUCGCCUAGUGAGAAACGGGGAACGCGUCAAUCGUAGAAGAAGCAAAUCAUUGGAUGGCGUCGAUAAACUCCUUUCGGUCCUAUCGGAUUUCAUAGACACGCAUACUUUUUCGAUAGACCUGACCAACUCCACCGCUCGGCCCUUAGACGAAGGUCUAUCCGAGGCUCGAAAAGGCGGAGGCGGAGGCGGCGGCGGCGGUUACGGGGGAGGCGGUGGUGGUGGAGGAAUGUUCAAUAUGAAAGGGAUAAAGAAGGAACGACAGUAUUAUCAAUACGCCUUCAUGGUGUUGCUGGGCAUCUUCGGGCUCACUGGCCCGCUGGUGAUGAAAAUCCUGGGCGUGAUAGCGGCUAAAUCGCUUUUGGCCGCGAAGGCGGCACUUAUUAUAGUCGGUAGCGUCGCUCUCAAGAAGCUGUUCGAGAACAAUCGUAACGAAAAACCCAAAAUCAAAGUGACGACGCUGCCGAUUCACGAGGAAGACGACGAACACGAUAGAAUAAGUUACUCGUUUAAUCACAUACCUUACGGUUACGUCUCGUAUGGAUUCAACGAUCCUUAUUCCGCGCAUUACCCCGGAAAUAAUAUAAACGAUAACGGGUUCGAACCGGUCACGUAUAGUAAGAAAACCAAUUCCUAACUUUCACUAGCUAGUGCAAUCUCUAAAUUAAUUUAGCUAAUAUUAUUGAAACAAAUCUAUUUAUUUAUUAUUUAUAUUUCUAGAUAUUUAGGUAUUUAUUAUUAAAUAUACGAGUAUUAACUUUAAUAGUUUUGAUUUUAAUUUUAAUUAGAAUCAAAGACAUUACGACUUAUUAUAAAGUCUUUGAUUAGAACAUAGGCAAGGAGAAAAAAAUUAUUUCCAAUUUAAAUUUUUCUGGAUUAUACAGGAAAUAUUCGGUUCUUUUUCUA